AUGUCAGGUCCUCUAUUCGGAAUUGUCCCUGCGGGUCAGUCAUUAAUCACUGAACCUUCAUCAACCCCCUCACCAACUUCACUACUCUAUGCUCUUCCGACCUCAAAACCAUUUUCUCACAUCGUUGUCUUCAUGCUGCCUGGAAUUACACUACCACCAAACACCGCUGCAGCAAUCUACCUCGCCACAGCUGCCGAUGUCGCCCUUGCUGCUCAAACAGGCGGCACCCCUAAUUUCCGCUUCCUCGGCGGCAUUGGCCCGGGAAAAGAGAGUGCCAUGUUCAAGGUCAGCGGUGGGGGCGAGGCAAGCGAUCUGGUGAUUGGAGUGUCUGUUGAGUCAGAGGAAUCCGUCGGCCAGCGAAUGCAGGAACUUGCUGCCAGCAAAGCAAACAACUCAUCAAGCGGCCAACCGAGCACUGCCAUUUUGGCACAACGUAUCAUUCAAAACGCUUUCAACUUUCUAUCAAGCUUUAGCGGCACCGCGGGACCCGGCGGCGUUGAAGUCGUACCCCUCAAGGCCUUCGAGAACUGGUGGCGCAAGUUCGAGUCAAGAGUUCGAACAGAUCCCAGUUUUCUCGAGAAGCAAACAGAAUAG